GCGACUCGGAGAGAGGCGAAGGUAUCCAGCCCGUCCGCACCGUCCGCGCAACAGAGCGAUUUCCCAACGAGAUUACACCUACGAUCGUUUCCUUGCAUAUCGCAAUUCCGUCUUGGUCCACUUCUCCCGACCCCACCGGCGACGCCCAUCAUCUCCAGGGAUUCAGAGUGAUAAAACACGGUUUCUACCCGCCCGUCUAAGACAAUGGCGUCCGGCGACUACAGUCGCUCAUUGCCUGCGCCGCCGCAGCAAGGGCCUUACUACGCUGACUCCUACCAGUCGCCAGCUCCUCCGCAUCAGCAAUACCAGCGACAGCAAUACCGGCAACAACCCGCACAGUCAGCACGGCCCGAGCAGUCAGCGCGGCCGGUACGGCCAGCACCCCCAACAUCUCAGCCGUCGCAGUCGGCAGACCCGCAGAAACCACAUCGGAAGUCGAGGGCGUUUAGUUUUCACUCCGACAGAUCGCACAAGAGCGAGGGCAGUGCUUCGCACCACAAGGUUGACCUCCAUGAGACGUCUGCUGAAAAGCACGCAAGGAGACUGCACGGCAAAUCCGAUCCCUUGAUGGCACUAACUGAAUCAGAGCCGGCCAUGGACGCUCAGGACGGGGGCGGGAUCAACCCGGCUCCUCUGCGGUCUAUCCAACACAAGGACGUCUACGGUAACCCAAUCACCGACCCCGACCGAUCAAAUCCUACACGAAGCCGAUCGGAGCGACCGUUGGAUACAAUUCGAGCGUUCGAGGCGGCCAUUGACGGCGGAUACAACCGCAAAUCAAUGUUGAGAUCGGAGUCGGAAUCGGUACUGAAUUGGGAUCGGCGAGCUAGUUAUUACGGAACCACUACUACACCCCGCUUCCCUCAAGACAGCUACUACGGAGCCCGAUCGAACUCUGCCCCCCGACCGGAGAGUGCGAUGUACGAUACUAGACAGUCGGUGGUGAUGAGUGGCCCGCGAGAGGGAUAUCGUGACGGUAACAACCAGAACGGAAGAAAUAGGUAUGCACGAAUGCAGUCGGAUCCGUACAUGAACGGCCGUGGGCCUGUCGAUAGGAACGUCUACCCUAUGCCGAAUAACCAUCGAUCAUACGAGACGGUCGCAUCUGGCUCUGGCAGCGGAAGCACGGGCGAGCCGGCAGGAUAUCAGACUGAUCCGACUAGCAGCGACAACAGCUCCAUUGAUCGCCGUCUGCCACCGAAACGUCAAGAACCUGCCAACGACUACGGUAUUGAUUUCGGACAGCCGUCGCAGGCUCCGAGUUUAAUUGCCGGUAACGGCUCGGCGCCGCCGCCGGCGCCGCCGCCAUCCGCUCUUCGCAGGGAUAACGGCGGUCUAUUGAGGAAAUCGUCGAAAGCUUCAGCUCCUAACGGGGGCUCGCAAGAUGGUUCCAAGGCGGAGAAGCGGAAGAGUUGGUUCAAACGAUUUAGCAGAUCUUAGGGUUGACUGCAUCUGUGCGACGACGAAAAUGUUUCUCGUUAUUAAUUUCCCGAGAUACCCUCGUCUGUACAAAAGUAUGGCCGGUAGCCUCACGACGUGAUC